UGAGAAUGGAGAGGUUGUGGACCUCAUCCUCCUGCAGUGGCUUAUUGUCAGCGGCUCCUGUCGGGCUUUAAUCGAUAAUUAAAAAAAAAACAAAAAAAUGAGACUGUGAGGUUGUUGGUGAGUUGUUAGUGAGGCAGCUGGAUAGUUGUGUGGGUUUCUGAGUUUGUAAUCAGGGUGUGAUUUUGUGUCAAAGCCUCAAAGCAGGAAUUUAGAGAAGAAAAGAAAAGAUGACGACCACCACCACGUUUCAGGGCAUGGACCCGGACGCCAAGAGCAGCUCCAGGGUUCUCCGUCCACCAGGUGGAGGUUCCAACAUCUGCUUUGGCACUGAAGAGGAGAAAUCAGUCACUCGCAAAAACAAAAUGGCUUCCAGCAUUUUUGCAGAACCUGAGGAUCCACAUGCUCAUCGAAGGAACAAUCCACCAGGUGGGAAGCCCACAGGGGUGUUAUGUGGAGAACCUUCAGCACCGCUCAGGAGGUGUGUCCAACAACCUGUCAAUCAAACCAGUGAUGCACAAGAGGAGCCUUCAUCAGUGGUGAAUGGAGACGAUGGAAAGAACACCGAGCCUGUGGAGGCGGUUGAGGCAGCGGAGGAAGUGGAGGCGUCUCCGAUGGAGAAAUCUGCACCGAGCGCCUCGUCUGAGAAACCAUCAGGACGCAGAAACCCUCCUGGAGGAAAAUCCUCCCUCAUCCUGGGCUGAAACACCCACACUGCCGUUCCCCCACCACAUCACAUCCAGAGCCAUGUUUACAAACAUCUGGUCUGCGUUGACCCAGCUGUGUGUGUGCUUUGUAAAUCCAGACCUCAGUCCUGUUUGCUCCGUGUCUUUUCUCUCGUUGUUCCACAAAUGGAUGAAUUGCCUUUGUUCCACUUCCUGUCGUCCUUCCUGAGUGUGUUCAGGAUCAUGUUCAAUCCGACGCACUUCUUGUCUUGUUUAAUUUCAGCAGGGUUCCCCCCAAAUCUGGUGUGAAGCUGAAGGCUCCUGUCUCAUCCGUCUCAUUCCUGGGUUUAUAUGGAUUUAAUGUUUGUGCAUUUCUACGUAUAAUAAAAUAUUGCUAUGAAACUAAUAA